AUGCAGGUCACGGGCUCCACAUCGUCCCCAAAGACGCCACAAUGGAAGCCUGAGAGCUUCCAUACAGUGGCAGAUCUGCCGGCGCCCUUCGCCUCGACUUUGGACGCAGCAGAUACGCAUGAGUACGAGCACCACGCCACUUUUCACGGACGCCGUCACAGCUUCGUUGUGCUGCUGCGAGAGCUCUAUGCGCUGCUGGAUGGCGUCUCACAGGAUCGACGUAAGCUGCGGUUGCUACUACAGGAGCUGGUGCAGCGGUUGCUGGACCCCAACGGUAAUGUUGGUCGCUAUGUUGCGGCUGAGCGCGAGACGUUCUUACGACUGGGUGGCGACGAAUGUCUGCUGCGUGUGCUGCAUGUGCUCCGUCUAGAAGACGCUGAGAAACAGCCAAAGCGUCGGGGUGACAUUCGUUCACUAUGGGAGACGCCUGUACCUGUGACUAUCGCGCCGACCAAGAGCGGCACAGACGCAUCUCUACGAAAACACGCACUGAAUGACACGAUGGCAAUUCUCAGAGAGCUCUGCUACUUCUCGGUGAACCUGGCCGUGCAGCUCUGCGACAAAGACGGUCUGGUGGUGUAUUUAUUCCAGCUCAUGGGCGACGUCCGGUUCUUCGACAACGCGUCUGGACUCGUGGAGGAGAUUCUGGCCGUCAGGAACGAGGCGUUCGACCUCACUCGUGUCCCCAACUUCCACUCGGUCAUGCAGUCACUGUCAUCCAGGCAGCUGGCGUUCUUCUGUCGAGUGCUGGCACUCGUCGUGUUUGAGCCCGAAGACCGUCGACUACUGGAGACUGCCAAGGUGAUCAAGUCGCUGGAGCUGCUGAAACUGCGUCGCAACCGCAUGAUGCGUGCAGACAACAUCGUGGACCGCAACCACGCGCUGAUCUUCAACUCGCCGCUGGUCCUGCAGCGACUGCUGCGUGUCUUGCAGGUGCAGAAUUUUUACUUCGCGUUGAACCCCGUGUACGAGCCUUUCUCCUCCGAGCUGGCCACCUCUGCUGAGUUCGCGACUCUGCUGUACCACACUAGCGACCGCAGUGACUGGGACACGAUCGAUCGCCUCGUCACUCACCCCGCGCUCGGAUCUUCGGGAGACCUUACCAUCCUGCACAGACAUCACGAGGCGAGAGCAGCAGCUGCGAACGCUGCAGCAGGAGAAGACGCCAACGCAGCGCCUUCUUCCGCACAGCCGCCUCAGACCCCGUUCUCGGUGGAGACGGCUAUCCUGCGAGACUUGAUCUUCCGGAACCGCACGCCAGACCAGCGAGCGCGAGAAGAUGCCGAAGCUCAGGUUAUUAUGAAGUCUAUCGUGCUGGCUCCGUACCGCGUCGAGGUGCUUUUUGUGCUCUGCACCCUGCUGAACGGCAAACGCAAGGUCGACUUCCAGGAGCGACUGGCCGAGAUGGGACUGGUCACGACGCUCAACCUCAUGUUCGACAAGUUCCAGUGGGACGCCACGGUCACGCCCAGUCCGGCGCACGAGCCCUUACACGGACCUGGCUGUGACUGCAGUCUGGACGCGUCGUUGAAGAUCCAGUUCUUGCGCUUGAUUCACAACUUUUGCGACCGCGACUACAGCGACAAUAGCAGCAAGUUGCUGCUGCUCAGUGAGCACGAGAUCCAGCUGAUGAAUGAAGGCGGCUCGACGUCUAUCAACCUCGACCACGCGGACAAGGGGCUGCUGUCCAAGAUCAUCCACGCGCUGAUAGAGCAGCCAGUGGACUCGAUCUACCGCUUCUGGCUGGCCUCGUGUGUGGAAGCCUUCUUGCGGCGUGCGGCUCCGAGUGAGCAGCUCUUCGUUGCGCGUACACCUCUGCUGAAGGCGCUGAUAACGGAGAUUCUCAGUGGAGGCGCGUACCGUUCGCAGGGCAGCUUCCAGUCGGCCUUUGAUCUGCUUGGAGAGAUGACCAAGGGCAACCGAGAGACGCUGCAGCUGUUCCAUGGACUUCUGAGCAACACCCAGUUCGCGACUUUCAUGGAAGUGGUCAUUUUGAACUUGGUGGACUCGAAUGUGUUCAUCCGGUCGAUGCUUUUGUCGUGUGAGAAAUUCGCAAAGCAGCCGGAGAGCGGGACGUUUGGCGUGGCUGACGACUCCGAGAUGGACCGCAUGAGCGAGUUCCUGGCUGUGAAUCUGGUGCGGCUGCUGCGUGAUCUCAUGACGAUCGUGACGAUGGACGACAUCAACCACGAGAACAUUUGCUGUUUGAACACCGCCAUCGUGAUCCUCGUGUUCCAGCAUCGUCGGGAGCGACUGCCAGCGAUCCUGGAGGCCCUGCGCGACCACGAAGACGUGUCCGGCAAGCAAGGAUACGUGUGUGACAACUUUCGAGGCUUGCUGUGGUUCUGGAUCCAGUAUUACACACCGCGUGGCCGUGACCGCCUGGGACUGGAGCAUUCUAGCGAAGUCAAGUUCGAAGAGUGGCGACAUGUCGUGUCGCUCUUGUGUGCCGACGACGGGUCUGGCACUGCUUUGCUCUCGACUCCAGCACGCCUUCCACCGUCGCCUUACUCGCGACUGUAUGCUACUACCCGUCGAGAGAGACGCUCUUAA